AUGUUGGCACCUAUCAUCACGAAGGAUAUGAAUCCAUUUCCAUCCCAACCCCGAAAAACUCGUGAUAUCCGGAUACGCUCCCAAAGCUCAGAUGUUUCGAAGAUCAGCAAAUCUGCAAACCGAAAUCAGGAUAUCAUCACAGAAAAAUCAUCCCAGCAACCAAACAAACUUAAGUCUACGUUCGCUCACAGUAGUUCUCUGAGUAAGCAUCGUAUUUUGCCUUCUAUUGUGGAAGGUGUUGAGAUGAGAUUGAAUUUAGAGAUAUCUGAUAAAUAUCACAACAUUGAGGGAGGCGAUAACGCUGAUUCCGGACACACUUCACUGCCUACUGCUUCCGGAUCUACAUUAAUAAUGGUUACAACAACGACGACAACGGUUACUACUACUUUGGCAUCUUCAACAGUUUCGGAUUCAUCGUUAUCAUCUAUAACUGCUAAAACAAAGUCAACAGUGAAAAAGAUUCAGCGAAGAAACAGAAACAACAAGAUUAGAAAAUCUGAGUGUCGCAAAGGUCCUUAA